AUGGCCUUCAUUCUUCUCUCGCUUUUGGGCGCUACAUUGGCCCAGCGCGACCCGUCGAGGCUGAACAAUUUUGGUGCCCUAUCGCCGUACCAUACAGCCCCCGUAAAGGGGGGUACCAAGGUCUCUCUCCCUUCGGACUGCAAAGUCGACCAAAUCAUGCAUCUGGGUCGUCACGGUGCUCGAUACCCUGAACAUGAAAGCGAUGGGAUAAAGGCCAUGGUCGCAGCUGUUGCAAGGGCGAAGGACUAUAUCGCUUCCGCAGAUCUCCCGGAGGAACUCCAAUUUUUGAAGAAUGGGUAUGUGUCCGAUCUCGGAGUAGGAGACUUGGUGGAAACGGGUAGGCAACAGCUCUUUGCACACGGCAAAAGUUUCCGCGCGAAAUACCCGACCUUCAAAGUCGACAAACUUCAGUGUUCUGGUGUCAAAAGGGUUGUCGAAUCCACGGAUUACUUUGGGAGAGGGUAUUUCGGAGAUGCUUGGGCCGCCAAUUCCAGUGCCAUGGUCUCCAUAAUCCCCGCAGACAGCUCAACGGUAUCCCACAUCACGCCUUGGCAUGUGUGCAAGGAUCUGAGCUUCGAUACUACCGACAAGGUUUCUGCGGAAUGGGGGAGCGUUUAUCUGCCUCCGAUAACCAAACGCCUCAACUCUUUAGUCCCCGGGCUCAAUUUUACCACCGAUGACACCCUGGCGGCCUUCCAGGCCUGUGGCUACGACUAUGCUGCACAUGGUUCCUCCCCUUGGUGCGACGUGUUCACAGAUGAGGAGAUUGAGAGAUUCGAGUACAAUGCUGACAUAUCUAUGAACGCGAUUUGGGGCUCGCGGUUGCCGAAUAACGGCGGCGCCGUCAUGGGAUCCAUCUACAUCAACACGCUAAUUGACCGUUUCUCGGCGCAAGACAGCCAACCGGCGUAUGUGGAGUUUGGCCACGAUGUCACGAUAUCUUUGGCAUUGACUGCAAUGGGAUUGACGAAAGAUAUCCCGCAGCUGUCUACCUCGCAGAUAAUUACCAAUAGGAAAUAUCGGAGCUCUCAGCAAACACCUUUUGCUGCUCAGAUGGUAUUCGAGAAGUUCAGCUGCUCAAGCUCGUUCAGUGGGCCUCAAAUUCGGCUCGUUCUCAACGAGGCACCGUUCCCACUUGAGACGUGUAUCAAAUCGGAAAAAGAUGCAGAAUAUGGGUCCUGCUCGUUUGAUAACUUCGUGCAAGCCAAUAGUUUCAGUAGAUCGGUUAAGUACGGCGAUGCUGCCUGGAAACGGGCAUGUGGCGAAGUGGUGUAA